AUGGCGCUCUCCGACUGCUUCCGCCGGAAGCUGCCCGGCCUCUCGAGCAGAGCCCGGCGCGGCGACGCGACGCCCGACGGCGGCGCGGGCUGCGCGGGCCGACUCGCCCCCCGGGAGCUGGACCCGCCCGCCAGGGGCGAGGCCCACAACGCGGCCAGCUGCGCCCUCAUCAGCAGCUUCCUCUUCGGGUACUCGCUCUGCGUCCUCGACACCUGCCUCGGGCUGCUGCCCGUGGUGUUCCAGUGGUGCAACAACGAGUGGCAGUCCGACUGCUUCGCCAGCCGCGCCUGCCAGGCGCUCGUGAACGCCUCGGUCUACCUGGGCGCCGCGAUCGGCGCCGUCCUGUCUGGGAGGCUCUACGGCAAGGGCCCGCGCUAUCAGAUCAUGACCUCGGACGUGAUCUUCAUCGCGGGCGCCCUGCUCGGCGCCACGGCGCGGGGCGUCAUCGGGCUCCUCCUCAGCCGCCUCGUCUCGGGCGUCGGCCUCGGCCUCUCGGCCAUCGCCGCGCCGGUCUACAUCGCGGAGGUGUCCCCGCGGGAGAGGCGCGGGUCCAAGGGCGCGCUGCACGGCGUGUUCAUCGGGGUGGGCAUCUGGUUCUCCAUCACCUGCGGGGUCCCGCAGUCGCCGCCGCCGAGCGGGGAGGGCGAGAGCAUCGGUGACCUGGACGGGUGGUAUUGGCGCCUCAUGCUGGGCGCGGCGGCGAUCCCCGCCCUGCUGCAGCUGGUGCUCUUCCAGCGGGUGCUCCCCGUGGACCCGCCGGGCUUCCUGCUGCAGAACGGCAGGACACAGGAGGCGCGCGGGCUCCUCUACAGGACCUACGGCCUGGAGCCCCCGAGGGGCCCGGGAGGCCAGGGGCACCCCGGCGAGCCGAGCGGCGCGGAGCCGGGCAGCCCUGCGGCGAGGGUGGAGCAGAUCCUCAGCGAGAUGGUCCACGCCUGCGAGCAGGCCACCCAGAUCCCGCGACUGCGCAUCCACCAGGCGAUCUGCGACAGGUACUUCCAGCCCGCGCUGUUCGUGGGGUUCGCCCUCGCGGCGUUCCAGCAGCUCAGCGGCAUCAACGCGCUGAUGUCCUACUCGAACGCGCUGUUUCUGCAGGCUGGGAUCCCGAGCUCCCAGCUGACCCUGGCGUCGACCAUCAUGGCCACGUGCAACGCCUUUGCCUCGAUCAUGAGUUCCAAGUUGGUGGACCGCUGGGGCAGGCGGGCGCUGCUCCUGCUUGGGCCGUUCCUGCAGAUGGCCGCCAUGUUCUGCAUCUCCGAGUGCUCGCCAGAGCACGGCUCGUGGGCCUGCCCAAUACCAGACGCGCUCGUGACCCCGACCAUGGUGCUGUGCUGCUUCUGCGUCUUCACGGUCUCCUUCGCUGCUGGACUGGGCGCCGUCACGUGGAUCUAUCUCUCCGAGAUUUACAUCAUGGAGAUCAGGGGCUCCGCGCUGAGCGCGUGCGGCGUGAUAAAUUGGCUCAGCUGCUUCAUCGUUGUCUUCGGCAUGCCCUUCCUUGGCCUGCACGGCGCCUGCAAGUUCUUCGGCGUGGUCUGCCUCGUCGGCUUUGUGGGCGUGCACUUCUUCGUGCAGGAGACGAAGGGGUGCUCGAUGGACGACAACCCGCUGACACCGCAGAGCGACAGGGGCAAGUCGCCGCUGCUGUGCACCCCCCAGUCGGAGGAGGACAGCCAUGCCGAGGUGCGUAUGCGAAUCGAGCACCCCGGCAAGCGCUGA